UUAUAUUUUGUAUAUGCAUGGGUGCAAUUGGGAACAACAACCAACUCAGUUUAAUCCUAACUCCGUUGUGGUCUGGGGGUGGGGUGGUCAAGACUCAAGAUUUAUGCAACAUUACUUUUUUUAAAUUUGGAGAGGCUAAUUCAGUUAGACUCUUGUUGCAUUGAAGUCAACAAAUAUCAUAGAAAGUAAGAAGGCACAAAACUCACAAAAGUUGAAUGUGCCAUUUUGAUUUACAUUAAGCUUAUAUAUUGUUAAAGAAUGAAUCUAUUAUCUCUGUUGUCAUUGGAAAACAUGGGUGAAAUUGGAUAUAAUUCAUAAAUUAUGUGUAAAAUUAGUUUUUUCAAAAUUUUCAAUUUAACUUCUUUGAAAUUCCAUAGGAAAAAACAAAUAACUGGUGGAUCAAACUGAUAAUGUCUCAUAAGAUAGCAAAGGAGUAGCCACUGCACCUGCUGUACCACUUAAUACCUUAAGCUAUAUUGAAUUUAUAUACAGAGUAUAUACAUACUUUAAACAUACAUACACAUACAAAAGUGUGUGUUUGUGAAGGAUAUGUAGGGUAUUGGGGGAGGGGGAGUACCGGAGUACUAAACCCCCUGCACUCCUCCCCCCUCCCGGAGCAUCCAUUGGGUGUAUGAGAAUAUGUAGUUUUUCUUGUGUGUAUCUGAAAGCUUUUUUUAUGCAUGAGAAAAAUUGCUUGCUCAUCUUGUAAGUAGGUAUGCAAAGUAAAUCAGUGUCACCUAGCUAUCAUUGUUGUUUUAUGAAGGAAGAGAGAUAUGCGGAAGCUGUGAGGAAAUUUGAGUUUGACACACAACUUGGCCCUUACAUGUUAAAUCAAUAUGUAGAUUGGAGCCAUUUGUCUAACUAUAUUACUGAAUCGGUCAUUGAACACAUAGAACCUAUAGGGGGAGAAAUUACAGUGCCAUCUGAACCUGAAAGCAUUAGCAACAUUCCAAGGACACCCAUGGAGAAAGCUUUAGCUGAGCAGCUGAAGAGUAGUAAAUACGCAAUCCCGGUUGAGAAAUCUGAACGGAAAGGGUGUUACUUCACACCAAUUCCCCGUCUUAUAAAACACAAGGGAUUGUCCGGGCAUGAACUCACAAACAUGAACCUUGACAAGACACAAGUAUUAGAGACCAUCCUUGCAAAGGAAUAUGAUGGAAAUGAAGAUUCACUUUUGGGAGAAUUGCAGUUUUCCUUUAUUGCAUUUCUGAUGGGACAGUCACUUGAAGCAUAUCUACAGUGGAAGCUUAUUACCAGCCUUUUGCUUGGAUGUAUAGAAGCUCCUCUUAACACACGGAGUCGUCUAUUCACCAAGAGAAAGGGGCCAUAGCAUUGAUGGACGAGUCUUGGUUAUCUGAUGACAGCUUCUUACACAUCCUUUGCAAGGAGUUCUUCUCGUUGCUGCUUGAGGCCCCUGUGAUCGAUGGUGACCUCCUAUCAUGGACUAGGAGGCUGAAAGAUCUGCUGGAGGACUCUGUUGGUUGGGACUUUGAACCCAACAGUGCAGCUGAUGAAUUUAAUCAUGAAAACGAUGAGUAUGCUCCAGUGGUGGAGGUAAUAGAGGAUGAUGUAGGUCAAAAUGAAACAGAAGUCGCCAGCAUGGACACAUCCUGAAUCUAAACCAUAGUAGCACAAGGCAGUCAACCAUACGGGUUCGUAAUUUUAAAAACUUCGUCUUUUCAUUAUGAUCUUUUUUAUGUGAAAACGUUUGUGAUUUAAAAUAUGGCGUGUUUUCAUGACGUGAAUGGUCAGUUUAGUCAGUGCAAUUUCUACCUACCCCAAAAGAAGGGAAACCUUGUUCUGGGACGAACAAAAAAAGAAAGUCUGAAAUUUUUUUAUCGGAUGGAGGGAGUACGUUCCUUAGUAUGAAAGUUGAAUAUCAAAGAAUUGCUUCCAAUUCCUAUCAAUAUAACUUUAUAUAUGGAGUAUUAUACUUUGUACGUGACAAAGCUCAUUGUCGUCUUAUGACAUUUUCCAUGCAUGUGAAAAUAACUUGUGAUGAUGAUU